CUCCAGGGCUGACAGCCUAGAGUCUCUGUGACUCUAUGUUUCCUCCUGCCUAUCUCUUCAUCUCAGAAGACUCCAGAUAUAGAAUCACUCCAUGCAAUCAAGAAAAUUGAUGCUAUUGAGUCCAUCUCAGGCUGAUCUUGGUACCUCUCAUGCUCUUCCCUCUUCCACCAGACCUCUAUAUUCCAUUUUGGAAGAAGACUCAAAAUGGUGUUUCCAAUGUGGACAUUGAAGAGACAAUUUCUUAUCCUUUUAAACAUGAUCCUAAUUUCCAAACUCCUUGGGGAUAGAUGGUUUCCAAAAACUUUGCCCUGUGAUGUCACUUUGGACGUUCCAAAGAACCAAGUGACUGUGGACUGCACAGACAAGCAUUUGACAGAAAUUCCUGAAGGUAUCCCUGCCAACACCACCAACCUCACCCUCACCAUUAAUCACAUCGCCAGCAUCUCCCAAGACUCCUUCCAUAGGCUGGACCAUCUGAUAGAGAUUGAUUUCAGAUGCAAUUGCAUACCUCCUCGAAUGGGACCAAAAAACAAUGUGUGUACCAGGAGGCUGCAGAUUAAACCUAAAAGCUUUAAUAAACUCACUUAUUUAAAAUCCCUUUACCUGGAUGGAAACCAGCUUCUAGAGAUACCUCAGGAUCUUCCUCCCAGCUUACAGCUUCUGAGUCUUGAGGCCAACAACAUCUUUUCCAUCAUGAAAGAGAAUUUAACAGAACUUGCCAGCAUAGAAAUGCUCUACCUGGGCCAAAACUGUUAUUAUCGCAAUCCUUGUAAUGUUUCAUUUUCAAUUGAGAAAGAUGCCUUCCUAAACCUGACAAAUUUAAAAGUGCUCUCCCUGAAAGAUAACAACAUCACAGCUGUCCCCACUGUUUUGCCAUCUAAUUUAAUAGAACUGUAUCUUUACAACAACAUCAUUACAGAAAUCAAAAAAGAUGAUUUUAGUAACCUCCACCAAUUGCAAAUUCUUGAUCUAAGUGGAAAUUGCCCUCGUUGUUAUAAUGUCCCAUUUCCUUGCACACCCUGUGAAAAUAAUUCCCCCCUAAAGAUCCAUGAUAAUGCUUUUGAUGCAUUAACAGAAUUAGAAGUUUUACAUCUACACAGUAACUCUCUUCAGAAUGUGCCCCCAGCAUGGUUUCAAAAAAUGAAGAAACUUAAAGAACUAGAUCUUUCCCAAAACUUCUUGGCCAAAGAAAUUGGGGAUGCCAAAUUUUUGCGUUCUCUCCCCAACCUCAUCCAACUGGAUCUGUCUUUCAAUUAUGAACUUCAGGUCUAUCAGGCAUUUAUAAAUCUAUCAGAUGCAUUUUCUUCUCUGAAAAAACUAAAGAUUCUGCGGAUCCAAGGAUAUGUCUUCAAAGAGCUGACAAGCAGAAAUCUCUCUCCAUUACGUGAUCUUCGUCAUCUUGAAGUUCUUGAUCUUGGCACUAACUUUAUAAAAAUCGCUAAUCUUAGCAUAUUUAAACAGUUCGAAGGAUUGAAAGUCAUAGACCUUUCAAUGAAUAAAAUAUCACCUUCAGGAGAAGUUGGCUUCUGCUCUAACUCCAGAAGUUUUGCAGAAAGUCCUUGGCCCCAGGUACUUGAAACAUUCCAUUAUUUCAAAUAUGAUGAGUCUGCAAGGAGUUGCAGGUUCAAAAACAGAGAGGCUCCUUCUUUCUUGCCUUUUAAUGAGGAUUGCCACAUGUAUGGGCAGACCUUGGACCUGAGUAGAAAUAGUAUAUUUUUUAUCAAGUCUUCUGAUUUUAAGCAUCUUUCUUUUCUCAAAUGCCUUAACUUGUCAGGAAAUAACAUUGGCCAAACUCUUAAUGGCAGUGAAUUCCAGCCAUUAGUCGAACUAAAAUAUUUAGACUUCUCUAACAAUCGACUUGAUUUACUCUAUUCAACUGCAUUUGAGGAACUUCACAAACUGGAAGUUCUGGACUUAAGUAGCAACAGCCAUUAUUUUCAAUCAGAAGGAAUUACUCACAUGCUUAACUUUACCAAGAACCUAAAGCUUCUGAAGAGAUUGAUGAUGAAUAACAAUGGCAUCUCUACCUCCACUAGUAGGAUCAUGGAAAGUGAAUCUCUUCAAAUUCUGGAAUUCAGAGGAAACCACCUGGAUGUUUUAUGGCUAGAUGGUGAUAAUAGAUACUUACAAUUCUUCAAGAAUCUAAUAAACUUAGAGGAAUUAGACAUCUCUAAAAAUUCCCUGAGUUUCUUGCCUCCUGGAGUUUUUGAUGGUAUGCCUCCAAACCUAAAGAGACUCUUCUUGGCCCAAAAUAGGCUUAAAUCUUUCAACUGGGGAAGACUUCAUCUUCUGAAGAAUCUGGAAAUUUUGGACCUCAGCCACAACCAAUUGAUGACUGUCCCAGAGAGAUUAUCCAACUGUUCCAAAAGUCUCAAGAAACUGAUUCUUAAGAAUAAUCAAAUCAGGCAUCUGACAAAGUAUUUUCUAAAAGAUGCUUUCCAGUUGCGAUAUCUAGAUCUCAGUUCAAAUAAAAUUCAGGUUAUCCAGAAGACUAGCUUCCCAGAAAAUGUCCUUAACAAUCUGCAGAUGUUGCUUUUGCACCAUAAUCGAUUUCUGUGCACCUGUGAUGCUGUGUGGUUUGUCUGGUGGGUUAAUCACACGGAGGUGACUAUUCCUUACCUGGCCACAGACGUGACUUGUGUGGGGCCAGGAGCACACAAAGGCCAGAGUGUGGUCUCUCUGGAUCUGUAUACCUGUGAGUUAGAUCUCACUAACUUGAUUCUGUUCUCAUUUUCCAUAUCUACAGCUCUCUUUCUGAUGGUGGUUAUGACAGCAAGUCACCUGUAUUUCUGGGAUGUGUGGUAUUUUUACCAUUUCUGUAAGGCCAAGAUAAGGGGAUAUCAGCGUCUGCUAUCAACAGGUUCUUGCUAUGAUGCUUUUAUUGUAUAUGACACUAAAGAUCCAGCUGUGACAGAAUGGGUUUUUGAGGAGUUGGUGGCCCAAUUAGAAGAUCCACGAGAGAAACAUUUUAAUUUAUGUCUGGAGGAGAGAGACUGGCUACCAGGGCAGCCAGUUCUGGAAAAUCUUUCCCAGAGCAUACAGCUUAGCAAAAAGACAGUGUUUGUGAUGACGGACAAGUACGCAAAGACUGAAAAUUUCAAGAUAGCAUUUUACUUGUCCCAUCAGAGGCUCAUGGAUGAAAAAGUAGACGUGAUUAUCUUGAUAUUCCUUGAGAAGCCCCUUAAAAAGUCCAAGUUUCUCCAGCUCCGGAAGAGGCUCUGUGGGAGUUCUGUCCUAGAGUGGCCAACAAAUCCACAGGCUCACCCAUACUUCUGGCAAUGUCUGAAAAAUGCUUUGACCACAGACAAUCAUGUGUCCUAUAGUCAGAUGUUCAAGGAAACGGCCUAGUUUUUUUUUUUUUUUUCUUCAAAAUGUGACUAUCUAACUUACUCAGGAGAUGCCUGGUUGCCUGAAUUUUCUCAUUAAUUUUUCACCCACAAGACUGCUUUGAUAUUCUCCAAGAAUUAGAAUUUCCUAUGUUGGAGGAAAGUCACCAAUGUAUGACAAAGAAGUUGGAAAGAUGGAAUUUAUGUAAUAUAUCAAGUCUUCUUUCUUCUUUCUUUGUAUCUCCAUUUACAUUUCAGCUUCUCAUAUCAACUCUUGUAUAAAGUACUUUUGGAAUACAGAUGGCAAGGAGAGAACAUGAGGCUCUGA